AACAAGGUGACUUCUAGCUCUUCUGUCGCCGCCUCGGCUACCUCUGCCGUGGCUUCAUCUUCCGCUGCUUCCUCGUCAUCACCAAGCAGCAAGCCCAGCAGUGGGAAAGGAAAGCGAGGUAUUGCGUACAACGAUGCCGGCCUCACAUCCUGCUUCAGCGGCUCAGAUCACAUCUCAUGGGCCUACAACUGGGGCAACAAACCCGACGGACUCACUGGCCUUGAAUACAUUCCUAUGCUCUGGGGGCUCGGCGACAAGCUGCUCGGCUGGGAGCAGAACGCCAAGGACGCCAUUGCCAACGGUGCUUCUGCUAUCCUUGCCUUUAACGAGCCUGAUCACGUGACCCAAUCCCUCUUGACUCCUGCCCUGGCCGCCGCCGGCUACAAGAAGUACGUCCAGGAGCCGUUCGGAGGUUCUGACGUUCGCCUCGGAUCUCCAGCGGUCACCAACGGCGGUGGGAGCAUGGGUCUCACGUGGCUUGGUAAAUUCUUGGAGGCGUGCUCCGACUGCCAGGUUGACUUUGCCGUCAUCCAUUGGUAUGACUACGCGUCCCGGGUUGACAACUUCAAGAGCCACAUCCAGCAGGCGCAUGAGAAGACAGGAUUGCCAAUCUGGAUCACUGAAUUUGGUGCUUUCGGAUCCGACGAGGAAAUCAAGGCGUUCUUGGAAGAGGUGCUUCCAUGGUUGGACUCCCAGGACUACGUCGAGAGGUACGCGUACUUCAUGGCGAAAGAUGGGUUCUUGACCAAGGGCACAGAGUUGAGCACUUACGGUCACACUUUCGCAACUUAUAGC